AUGACGUCGGUGGGAGCGACGGCGCGGGGUCGGGUGACGCCAGCGACGCGCUCGAUCGCGCGCGCGGCGCGCGGACGCGAUCGACGCGCGGUGCGCGCGCGCGCCGUCGGUGAGGUUCUCCUCGACGUCGUGGAUCUUCGCGCGAAAGUCGCGGAGACUGGGGAAGAGAUUCUCCGAGGGGUGAACCUGACGAUUCGCGAGGGCGAGACGCACGCGAUCAUGGGGAAGAAUGGCUCGGGGAAGAGCACGCUGACAAAGGUGUUGGUGGGACACCCGGCGUAUGAAGUGAUCUCGGGGACGGCGACGCUGAAGGGGGAGGAUCUGUUCGCGAUGGAACCGGAGGCGCGCGCGCGGGCGGGGCUGUUCUUGUCGUUUCAGUCGCCGAUCGAAGUCCCGGGGGUGUCCAACACGGAUUUCCUGCGAAUGAUGUGUAACGAGCGAAGAAAGGCGCGGGGGGAGGAAGAAUUGGAUCCUCUGGAGUUCUACGGGUUUCUCACGCCGAAAUUGGAGCAAUUGAACAUGGAUCCAAGCUUUUUGACGCGCAACGUGAACGAGGGGUUCUCGGGCGGGGAAAAGAAGCGAAACGAGAUCCUGCAGUUGGCGGUGAUGGAGAGCGAGAUGAGCAUUCUGGACGAGAUCGACUCCGGUUUGGACGUUGACGCGCUCCGGGACGUGGCCAAGGCGGUGAACAUUCUGCGAGAGGGCGAUAAGGCGCUCUUGCUCAUCACGCACUACCAGCGCCUCCUCGACGCCAUUCAUCCGGACAAGGUGCACAUCAUGCAAAAGGGUCAGAUCGUGCAAACGGGAGGCAUCGAACUCGCGACUCAGCUCGAGGAAGGUGGCUUCGCGUCGCUCGCGAAUUAA